AUGUACAUAUUUGUUGCUAGGUUUUUAAACAAGAAAUCUUCACAUUCAUUACCACCUGGUCCAACUCCUUUGCCGUUUAUUGGAUGCGCCAUCCAAAUGUUCUUAAACAAACCAAUUUUCCGGUGGAUCCAUAAGCUCAUGGACCAUUUUGACACCCCUAUCCUUUGCAUCCGCGUAGGACCUUCAACCCAUGUCAUUGUGGUUUCGUCCCCAGACAUAGCAUGUGAAUUCCUCAAGAAACAAGAUGAAAAAUUCAUUUCAAGGCCUGAUUUCAUGUCUGCUUGUCUAAUAAGUGAUGGGUAUCUCACUGCAAUCAUGUCCCCAUUUGGAGAACAAUGGAGGAAGAUGAAAAAAGUUAUUAAUCGAGGGAUGCUUUCACCGCAAAUACACAAAUGGCUCCAACCCAAACGUGACCAAGAAGCUGAUCAAUUGCUUAGAUACAUAUGUAACCAAAUAGAGAAACAAGGUGGUAUCGUCAAUGGUGGAUUAAUAGACGUUCGAGCUGUGAGCCAACAUUUCUUUGCAAACACAAUGAGGAAUAUUGUUUUCGGGAAAAGUUCCUUUGGGCAAGGAAUGGAAGAUGGAGGGCCAGGCGAAGAAGAAACUGAACAUGUUGCUGCCCUUUUUACCAUCCUGAAGCAUGUUUUUGCAUUUUGCAUCACUGAUUAUUUCCCAUGGUUAAGAUGGAAGACUGACUUUGAUGGCCAUGAAAAGCUAAUCAGGACUGCUAUUGAAAUUGUGCGAAAGUAUCAGGAUCCAUUGGUCGAUGAACGGAUUCAAAUGUGGAACAAUGGAGCUAGAAAGGAAAAGUUUGAUAUGCUUGAUGUUCUUAUCACAUUUGAAAACCCUAAGCUUACGCCUGGGGAAAUUAAAGCUGAAAUUGUUGAGCUAAUGAUUGCCACAAUUGAUAAUACGUCUAACGCAAUAGAAUGGGCAAUGGGUGAGAUGAUUAAUGAACCUAUAAUCCUAAAGAGAGCAGUCGAGGAGUUAGAGCAUGUAGUAGGUCGCCAAAGGCUAGUCGAAGAGCAAGACAUACCCAAACUCAAUUACAUAAAAGCAUGCAUCAAGGAAGCUUUUAGGUUGCACCCUUUUGUACCUUUUCUUCCACCCCAUGUUUCAACAAUGAAUACUAGUGUUGCUGGUUACUUCAUACCCAAGGGUAGCCAUGUUAUCCUAAGUCGAUAUGGGCUAGGAAGGAAUCCAAAUGUGUGGAAGGAUCCAUUGCGGUUUGACCCAGAUCGACAUCUACAUGAGGAAGGGAAACAAGUAGUACUUUCGGAUAACAACCUGAGGUUGAUCUCGUUUAGCACAGGUCAACGUGGUUGUCCUGGAAUAAUGUUGGGCACCAUCAUGACUACAAUGUUGUUAGCAAGGAUGGUCCAGGGGUUCGCCUGGGAGGCACCCGGUAAUGAGCAAUUCAUUGAGCUUGUUGAAAAUUAUGAUGACAUUUGCUUGGCUAAACCACUUGUGGCAAUUGCUAAGCCAAGGCUGCCACGGUUCAUGUACCCCACAUAUUGA